GAACAUUGAAAAUCGUAAAAUUUUCAAUAUCAUUUCUCUCUGUUAUUCUUCUUCUCAUUUGGUGUUACCUCAGCCUAUUUGAAACUCAAAAAGCAUUAAAAUGAAGAAUUUAAUCAUUAUUUACGUUGUUAUUGCCAUUAUAGUAUCAUUAUGUCAAUGUCAACUAUCUGGACAUCCAGAUAAUAAGACAACGACAACAACAACAACUACGACUACAACUCAAAAACCAACAACAACAACUCAAAAACCGACAACAACAACAACAACACCGAAACCAACACCAGUCGUUAUUGUAACACCAAUAGUUGAUGGAAAUAUUACCGAUAAUAAAAAUCAAACACAUAUUUGUUUACGUUAUCAUUUUUCAUUAUUAAUGCGUUUAGCUUAUUUGGACGAAAAAAAUCAAACACAAAUGGAAGAUAUUUGGUUACCAAAAGAAUCACGAGUUUAUUCUGAUCAUUGUCAAUAUGAAAAUAUUGAAUCAUUUUGGUUUGAAUUUAAUCAAAAUAAUUCAUUAGUUAAUAUGACAUUUGAACGUAAUGCAGCAUCAGUAUAUUUAUCAUCAAUUUAUGCUGAUAUUAAACUAUCAAAUAUGAAUGAAAAUGUUAUUAUAAAUAUAACACAACCGAAUCCAAAUUUUAAUGUUGAUAAAUCACAUUCAUAUGUUUGUGCCAAUAAUAUUACAAUCAAAUCAAUAUCAAAUGUAAAUGAUAAAAAAUUGGAAUCAGAAUUUUUAUUUUCAAAUAUUUCUAUGCAAGCAUUCAUGCCAUUUACACAGAAUGGUCAAUUUAGUGAAGAACAUAAUUGCCAAAAUGAAAUCAAUGAUGUUGUACCGAUUGCUGUUGGUGCUGCAUUAACUGCAUUGGUUAUUAUUGUUAUGAUUGCUUAUUUUAUUGGUAGACGUCGUAGUCGUCGUUUAGCUUAUCAAUCGGUUUAAAUCAAAUCAAAACAAAACAAAAUUGAAAUUCCGGUAGUGUGGUCAUCAUGAUUAUUGUUGUCGACAACAAACAACAACAAAAAAAUCUUAUUCGAAUGGAUAUUAAACAACAAUUUUAUCUCGCUCUUUUCAAAUCAAAUCGGCCUUUUCUCACACAUAAACAUUUCCUGGAUUUUGGGGCUUUUUUUUCUUUUUCAAAAAAAUUAGUUAAUUUUUUUUCAACAUUCAUUCUUAAUCUAUACACACAAACAUUCAAACAAUCUACACAUACAUAGAUGAUAUUAAUCAAUCGAUCAACCUUACCAAUAUCGGCUUACCUGGCUAUAUUACACUUGAUCAUCUUAUGAAAUCAACGAUAUACACCACUAAACAAAACAAACAAACCAUAAAAAGCAUCAACACUUUUUACUCUCCCUUUUUCCCUCCUCUUGAUUUACUAACUUGGCUUUCUUUUUUUUCACAUUCAAAAUUCCUUUUAGUUUUUAAAUAUUUUAUAAGAAAAAAAAACACAAAAAAAACUGUGAUAAAAUAUUAUGCAGAAAAAAA